AAACAAGCCACUGUUCCCACCAGCUCCACUAAUUUUUUUUUUUUUUUCAUGGUUUCAAAACUCAAACCUUCGUAUUAACCGAUGGCUCUGCUUCUGGUCCUCCUCCCAAUUGCCUUCAUCUUCCUAGCCUACGGCCUCUAUGAACGCCUUAGAUUCAAACUGCCACCCGGGCCACGGCCGAAACCGGUGGUCGGAAACAUUUACGACAUAAAACCGGUGAGGUUCAAGUGCUAUGCAGAGUGGUCAAAACUCUAUGGUCCAAUAUUUUCUGUCUACUUUGGUUCCCAGCUGAAUACUGUUGUGAACACUGCAGAACUGGCCAAAGAAGUUCUUAAAGACAAUGAUCAGCAAUUGGCAGAUAGGUACAGGACUAGACCCUCUGCCAGAAUGAGCAGAAAUGGCCAAGAUUUGAUAUGGGCUGAUUAUGGUCCUCAUUAUGUGAAGGUCAGAAAAUUGUGCAAUCUUGAACUCUUCACUCCAAAAAGACUGGAAGGCCUUAGACCUUUAAGAGAAGAUGAAGUUACAGCCAUGGUUGAUUCCAUCUUCAAGGACUGCACCAAACCUGAAAACAAAGGCAAGAGUCUGUUGAUGCGCAACUACUUGGGAUCAGUAGCAUUCAACAACAUUACAAGGCUAACAUUUGGGAAGAGGUUCAUGAAUUCAGAGGGUGUGGUUGAUGAACAAGGCCAAGAGUUUAAGGGCAUUGUAUCAAAUGGGAUAAAGAUUGGUGCAAAACUCUCCGUGGCAGAUCACAUUCCUUGGCUUCGUUGGAUGUUUGUAGGCGAAAAUGAGGACCUGGAUAAGCACAAUGCGCGGAGAGACAAACUGACCAGAAUGAUCAUGGAAGAGCACACUCUUGCAAGGCAAAAGAGUGGCAAUACUAAGCAGCAUUUUGUUGAUGCAUUGCUCACUCUUCAAAAGCAAUAUGAAUUGAGCGAUGACACUGUCAUUGGACUCCUUUGGGACAUGAUUACUGCUGGCAUGGAUACAACCACAAUCUCAGUAGAAUGGGCAAUGGCAGAGCUGGUAAAGAAUCCAAGGGUGCAGCAAAAGGCGCAAGAGGAACUUGACCUAGUCAUUGGCUCCGAUAGAAUCAUGACUGAAGCUGAUUUUGCAAAGCUCCCAUACUUACAGUGUGUAGCUAAGGAAGCUCUAAGGCUGCACCCUCCAACUCCACUAAUGCUUCCUCAUAGAGCCAAUGCCAAUGUGAAGAUCGGUGGUUAUGACAUCCCUAAAGGGUCUAUCGUGCACGUUAACGUCUGGGCAAUUGCUCGUGAUCCUGCAACCUGGAAAAAUCCACUGGAAUUCCGACCUGAGAGAUUCCUGGAGGAAGAUGUUGACAUCAAGGGCCACGAUUAUCGGCUCCUGCCUUUUGGUGCUGGAAGGAGGAUCUGCCCUGGUGCACAACUUGCACUCAAUCUGGUCACUUCUAUGCUGGGGCAUUUGUUGCACCACUUUACUUGGUCUCCACCACCUGGGGUCAGCCCUGAAGAGAUUGACCUGGAAGAGAGCCCUGGAACAGUUACUUAUAUGAGAACCGCUUUGCAAGCUGUUGCAACACCAAGAUUGCCUGCACAUUUGUACAAUCGUGUGCCAGUAGAGCUGUAAUGCUUCCUUUCUCUUGUUACUAAAUUUUCAGCUUGCAAGAGUUGCUUCACUUCCAACCCUCCAUUUGAUUGUGAAGAACUUGUUGGAUUCUACGAGGUAUUUGUGGAAAGCUAUAUUUUUCUAGAAAAAAUAAAGUAAGGGUUCUCUAUGAUCUAAAGAGAUUUUCUUUUAUUGUCAAACUUUACCACAAUUUAGUUUGAUCUCAAACUUUUUGAA